AAGAGGGGGUGGAUCAUGAAGGGUAGGAGGGGUGAGGAGAAUGGACCAUCUAUCUAUCACAAUCUCUCCAUCUGUGUUUCCAACUAAAGGGUGGAGAAGUGUGAGGAAGAAAUACAGAAGUGGAGAGAGGGCGAGAGGGAGAGAGAAGGAGAGGUGGGAAAUAGAGCGAGCGGGGAGAGAUUGAUAUAAUCAUGUCAGGACUCAGUAGCUUCCUGUUUCUACACUCUACAUUAUACUUUUCAUUUGGACGCUGUCCAGCCAACAGGAAUAGCAGCGUGUGAGGGGACAGCUUCCCCUGCCCUAUAGGAAACAGAGAGAGUGCGGCUCCUGCCCAGAAAACACACACACGUGCGCUGCGGAGAGGUCUGUCGACGCAGGGAUGCACCAUGAAGUCUCAGCAGAAAUGUAUCGUAAUCUUUGCGUUGGUGUGCUGUUUCGCCAUCCUGGUGGCCUUGAUAUUCUCAGCGGUGGAUGUCUGGGGAGAGGAUGAAGACGGUAUAACGGAGGAGAACUGUAACAAGAACUGCAGGGUAGUGCUUGUGGAGAAUAUUCCAGAAGAUGUUACCUUCUCUGAGAAUGGUACGGCCCACCUCCCCCUCUCUGCUGGGCUGCACAGCCUGUUGGACAUGGCCGUGGCUGGUCACUCUGUGGAGAUUGUGUCACCUCAAUGGAACCUGAACUCCUCCGACUAUGAAUCCAGCUUCCUACAAUCUUCUAGGCAGGGUCAGGCUUUGCUGCAAAGACUGCAGGGUCUGAAGAAGAAGGGAAUCAAUUUGAAGAUCGCCAGUGGAAUGAUCAACUCUGUAGAGCUCAAGAGCCUGUCUCGUCACAGUGAGGUACACUACAUUAACAUGACAGCCCUGACCAAAGGCUUUCUGCACUCUUCUUUCUGGGUGGUGGACAGGCAGCACAUCUACAUCGGCAGCGCCACCAUGGACUGGCGAUCACUGUCCACGAUGAAAGAACUGGGCAUCAUCGUCUACAACUGUAGUUGCCUGGCACUGGACCUGCACAGGGUAUUCAACCUCUACUGGCAGCUGCAGUAUAAGGACUUUAUACCGUCCUUCUGGUCCAAGAGGCUGAGCGCCUUGUGGAACAAAGAUGAGAACCUUCCGCUUCUCUUCAACAACACCAAGGCUGAGGUCUUUGUCUCUAGCUCUCCAGAUGUCUUCUGCCCUAAAGACAGGACCAGAGACCUUGACGCCAUAUCCUACGUGAUCCAAAAGGCCAAGAAGUUCAUCUACAUAUCCAUUACAGACUACCUGCCUCUCACUAUCAGGAAUGCUCACAGAUACUGGUCACGUAUAGACGGGAUGCUUCGGGAGGCCUUGAUCCUGAGGAACAUCGAAGUGCGUCUGUUAGUAAGCUGCUGGGAGCAAACGCAUCCCCUGACCUUUAACUUUGUGUGGUCCCUGAAGACCCUGUGUAUGGAGCUGGCCAACUGUUCAAUGGAGGCUAAGUUCUUCAGCCCCAGAGAGCAGAGAGAUGGCACGCUACAGGGAAUCAACCAUAACAGAUUCAUGGUGACAGACAGUGCUGUGUACAUAGGCAACUUUGACUGGGUGGGGAAUGAGUUUACGUUCAACGCUGGAGCAGGCAUCGUGAUCAAUCAGGCGGAGGGGGUGAAGGAGAAGAACUCAACGUUGGUGGAACAGGUUGGAGCUGCAUGGACAGUAGUGUGGAGAUAUCCUAUACAAAUCUAUCCUCCAAAAGGUGUUUACCUGGUGUGCAGCAUGCCUCCAGCCUCGACCAAAUGAACGGGGGCCAUCUGUCUGUUGGACCACAUCUGAUCAAAUGAAGUGAAUGGGAAAGAAGAAUGCCAGAAACAUGACCUCAUCUGACUCCUAAGCUAAUGACAUCUAUUGGAUGUUUAUUGUUGCAGAGUACAGACAAUUAUGCCCCAUUGGCAUCCAUCUAUUUUGGUAUCACGUCUAAAAUCCUGUUUUGGUCUAAACCAGAAUGUAUACUUGAUUAUGUUUAAUAUCAUCAUGACCAGGGUUGAUCUCAGAAUCUUUACUCAAUUUCCAGCAUCCAAUUUUAAGUAAAAGUUGCAUUGUCUUCUAUUCUGUAUAUUUUCUUCGUUGGAAACAUUCAAAAGGGUAGAACUAGAUAUUUAACUUUUAAUAGAGAUUUAGGGCUGUUAUGUUUCUAACAUGAUCAAAUAAUGUAUCUAUUAUUAAUUAUUUGUCAAAUGUACAUUUCUGUACUCAAAAGGUGAGUGCCUUGCUUCCUGGAUAGUAUUGAAAACCACCACUAGAAAAACAAAAUGUCCCUGGACUAUACUAUACCAACUGCCGAGGUCAAUAGCAUACUAACAUUGGAAGUAGCUGAACUGCCCUUUAAGGUCUAAGGCAGAGAUGGGCAACUGGCGGGCCCCCUUUUGUAGGCCCACGGAUCAAUUUUUAAAUAAUUUUUUUAAAACUCU